AUGGAGGCAUCAAAAGUCAAGGAGGGAACAGUGAGUAUAAAUUAUCCGAUGUUGACAAAAUCCAACUACACAGCGUGGUCAAUGAAGAUGCAGGUCUUCAUGGAAGCUGAGGGAGUUUGGGAGGCUAUGGAGCCUAGUGACCCGAAGGUGGAUGUAACAACACGGAUGGAUAAAAUGACGCUGGCAGCAAUUUAUCAAGGCAUUCCGGAGGAGUUUAUGUUAACUCUGGCCGGUAAAAAAACGGCUAAGGUGGCGUGGGAAGCAAUAAAGACUAUGUAUAGGGUGGCAGAAAGAGUUCAAGAGGCAAAGGAGACAGAGAGUUUGGACGGGUUUUACAUGAAGCUAGGUGGUAUUAUGAUAAACAUACGCACUCUGGGUGAACCGAUGGAAGAGUCCUACGUGGUGAAAAAAAUAUUGCGUGCUGUCCCACACAAGUUUGUACAAAUUGCUUCUACGAUAGAACAAUUUGGUAAGCUUAAGACAAUGACUGUCAAAGAGCUAAUCGGGAGGCUAAAAGCUCAUGAAGAGAGGAUUCGUGGGCAUGUUGAAGACAAUGGGAAUCAGCUGCUUCUAACUCAUAAAUGGAAGGCAAGAGGCUGUGAAGGAUCAUACGGCAAAAAUGAUGGACGUGACAAGAGCAAAAUAAAGUGCUAUAACUGCAACAUCUUUGGACACUAUGCUGCAGAAUGUUAUAAUAUCGAUGAGACAAAGAACAGAAGCAAGAAGUGA